AUGUUGCCCAAACCCGUCUUUGCCAAUCUUGCCUUUGUAACACCAGAAAAGGAACUCCAAUGCCAGAUUGAAGCAGCCCUUGACCAAGACAAAUCCUUGGAGGAGAUACUCCAAUUCCUGUCACAACUCAGCUUGGACCUAUGGUUCAAGGGGCUUAAAUACUCCUCAAUACCACUGCAACCCCUGGAACUCCCUAUUAGACCCUGGCAGCACGUAUCUUACAACAUGAUUGUAGAUUUACCCAAAGACGGCAAUAGCAACUCCAUCUUGGUCAUUGUGGAUAGUUUCACCAAAUACGUCAUCCUGGUGGAAUGCUCCAAGAAACUCAAGGCCCUGGAAUUAGCGGACCUCUUCCUACAACACAUCUGGAAACGCUACAGCAUGCCCAAGAAGACAGUAUCAGAUUGCGGAAGGGUCUUCAAUAAUAAGUUCCUCAGGGCACUGUACCAGCGGUUAGGAAUAGACCCACACUUCUCCUUGGCGUACCACCCCCAGAGCAAUGGUCAGACGGAACAGGUAAACCCCACAGUUGAACAUUUUCUACAAGCUUACUCAGGGAUUAACCAAAAGGAUUGGGUCAAAUGGUUACCUAUGGCGGAAUUUGCCUACAAUAACACGGUACACAGUAGCACUGGCAAAUCCCUGUUCAAAGCACUAUAUGGAUGGGAACCAUCACUUACCCCAAGUAAUGUCCCAACCAAUGUUCCAGAAGCAGAUGACCUGGCCACCCAAAUGGAAGCUCAAUGGCAAGAAAUAGAAGCGGCCCUCUGGCAAUCAAAGACACAUAUGACAGCUGGAGAAACAGGAGAACCCACCAGUUUUGAGAUUGGAGAAGAGGCCUGGCUGGAUGCCAAGAACAUCAAGCUAAAAACCCUAAGUCCCAAGCUAACAGAGCAAUGCCUGGGGCCCUUCAAAGUAACCAAGAAGAUCUCUGACCGCGCAUACCGCUUAAGACUUCUGCCUUCUAUGAGAAUCCACAACAUCUUCUAUGUAGGAUUGUUGUCCAAAGUAAAACAAGACAAGAAUCAAGCCUUUGAGAACUGCCCACCACCUGUCACUGUGGACGGAGAGGAAGAAUACAAGGUUGAAGGCAUAACGGAUGCAGAAGAACGGAACAGAACCUGGUUCUUCAGGGUCAAAUGGAAAGGCUAUGGAUCAGAAGAGAACAUGUGGGAACCCCAGGAGAACCUCAAAAACACGGGAAAAAUUUUGAAAAAGUAUGAAGAAGAAAUGAGAAAGAAGGCCCUUAGAGGAGGGGCAGUGUUGUAG